GUAACCAGCACUCGACACGCAAAUUUGCAUUGCUUUCUGAUUUCAUCUGCUCUUGAUUGCGAUAUACACGCGCCUCAACAUGCCUCCAACCGUAGCCAAACUUGCUCCCCAAAAAACGGGCAAGGAAUUCCUUGCUGCGUCCCACUUCACUGUUGGCAUGGACAAUGCAUUCUUAGAGGAAACAAAGAGCACACAACACAAGGCGGAGUUUCCAGCUUACAAAGGGUAGAUAUCUCGGGAGAGUUCCAGUGGAAUCACUUGACGACAGUCAGAUCAUGCACAGCAGCGACCGAGACCGGGGGCUGCCAAUGUCUCAGACGAAGGACUCAUACCAGCAUUGGGGAGUUGCUACAAGAGAGUGGAACGACUACACUGGUAAACUCAACACAAACUUCAAGGGUCACAGCGACCAACAGUGUCAAUCUUUUGAGACGACAGCAGCGGCUCACUUUACAAAGGACAAUGCUCUGAAGUUUGACCCUCAAGGCCAGAAGUCACUCAUGGUCAGUUCAGUUCCAAUGGGGGACAGCGAGAUGGUGAGGAUACCGGACUCGGAAGUACGGGGAAACUUUAAGGGACAAAAUGUUGAUCACAUCAAACCAAGCAGGUACCCUGCUUACAUAGACUACGGAAUCAUAGACACCCUCAAAACUGACAGGAGAAAAGCACCGGCCUACGUCACUACCAACAAUGAACUUCAUUCUGGUCAGUUUAAACCGGCCAUCAAACAAGAGUACGGUACAGCUGCAGUGAUAAGAGGGGCGCACUCUGUGGGUCUCGGUAAUGAGACAACUCCAGAACACACUACUAAUGUUAGAGAUACUUACUACAAACAGGAGUACAAGACUGGCAGGUAUAAGAAAACCUCGGUGAUGAACAAAAUCCUGGGGACCACAUUUCUGUUUGGCGGUGAAGUUCCUCAUGCUGGAACGCUCGACUCUGAUACCACCUGUAAAUUCUACCAUACAGGAGCCAGCUAUGGAAGAACUGAGUCGAUGAAGCCGGAGAACGUGUUUAAGAGCAGUUUCCCAGAAGGAGACAGACACCCUGAGAGGGUGAUGCAGCUUCAGAACGACACCUCUUAUGCUGAACACUACCCCGUGCGUGCCCCGGGGGUGAUUCUGAAUCCUAAAGUAAAAGGAGAGGAGAUUAUCACAAGAAGUAACGUGGAGAUGGGCACUGAUAAUCCCAAACUUUCUGCUUCAACCAGGUCGUGCUAUGUGUCUCAAGCCGAACACGUUCGACCUAGAGACAGAGUGGAUCAACUUGUAAAGUUUAGAAACGGUUUCUCUCUUGGUUCCUUAUCUGAAUAUCGAGAACCACCUAAAUCUGAAAUUCAAGACAAUUUCAAGGAGAACUCUGGGUUCCAGAAAUUCUGCCACAACCCAGUCGUGCUUAGCAGGCUUAAAGACAGUCACAUCUCCCUGAGCCACGAGGAGGCCCCCCAAUACUCCACGUCCUACAACUCACUGUUUUACAAGAAGGACGCGGACCCCCAGGGACUAGCUCCAAAACUACAAACCAGCUCACUGCCUCUUGGGACCUUCUCUAGAUACGUGGCACGGAGGUAGGGCGAAGAGAUCUGAGGAGAGGACAAUAGUACGGUUAAGAGUGGAGAAGGGGGAGUAAAAUACAAUUUAGAGUGGGGACAAAAAUACUGUAAUCGUAGAAGUCGAGGUAAUAAUUAAAUAAUUGGUGUAUCGAAAUGGGAGAAGCACAGACUUUUAACUAGUGCCUUUGGCGGAGACUCCUUACUUAUCUUUCAUAGAUUUUAUAUUGAAAGCACGAAUUUUGGUAGGUCAAUUGUUUUGAAAAAUAUAAAAGUAGAGUAUCGGUUAAAUUUUAACUCCUCAAUUGCAAAUAUUUGUAUCAUUUCAAUCAUUCAUUAUAGUAAAGACACUAAAAA